AUGGAUCUUUAGCUCCAGCCUGUGCUAUCCACCUUCCGUUUUCAGAUAGUAUCGCGCCUCGGAAGUGUCAGGGCGGCCGCCGCUUGAUCUGGUGAGACACCGCUGUCAACCACUGGCCAACUACAGGACUCUGAGUCUGCGCACGUGGAGCACUUCAGAUCACGCUUAAGGCUUAGAGCGAUGAGGCAGUAGUCUCUGGAGCUUAAGCCAUCGAGCCCGCGAGUCAGGGAUGUACCGAAAGCGAGACAAGACCAACCUCGCUUAUCAUUGGCAUACCAACCAGUAUGCGCAUCCCAUGCAGAAUAAGGGAAGUGAAUUAUGCAGCACGCAAGCAACAGCCAUCACAAGCCAGAGGCGAAUGAAGCAAUCAAUGAAGUGGGUAAAAGGAGAGAGAGAGAGAGGGAAAAAAAAAGAAAAGAUGCUGCACUGCAACUCUACAUCAUCGAUGGGCCAGAACUGGCAGAUUGCCCCUUUCAUGUGCAUAUGGAUGUCCGUCGGAGAACAAUAACGAUUGAUGAUUUGAGAGCCGCCCUCAACCACUGGAAGCUCACUCGCCAAUGUGUUGUCAGGGUGGGCCUUGAGUCACACUUUAUAGAGAUUUUAUUACGAGAGCGAUACACUCACACGUUGCUCAUGUUGGUUGCAUUGUUGAGACCAUUGCCCUAUACAGUAGGGCAGUCAAGAUGGUUUUCAAGCGAAAUUCUGAGUUUAUUGUGUCCAAGCAGCCAAACGUUGAGCUGGACGACAUUACUCUGCUCCAAGCCUCACAAACCCAUUCAUCGAUGUAGGGGCGGGAACACUACCGCUAGUCUAUGGUCACAGCUUCACCCCCGAUGAGGAAGGGUUGCUUGUUCAAUUGUUGGCCUGGCUAUCAGCGGGCUACCCCAAGGGCGCCUGUGGGUCAGGUAUCAGUACUAAUCAUGGUGGCUAGUCACUCUUAGGAAAGGUCCCGAUCGACGGGCAGUCAUCGCUUGAGUUUAAGGUAGUCGGCCAGCAUCCGAAAC